AUGUUUAUCUUUGUCACUCUUGAUACCAUCCGGUUGUUAGCUGAUUACUUAUUUGAGCCGGAGGAUCCAGUAAAAGCUGUCAAAAUGUCGAGGAAGGGUUUGAUGGAGCAAGACCUGAGUAAACUGGAUGUAACAAAGUUACAUCCACUGUCGCCUGAAGUUAUAUCUCGCCAGGCUACUAUCAAUAUUGGUACUAUAGGUCAUGUGGCUCAUGGAAAGUCAACAGUUGUAAAAGCAAUAUCUGGUGUUCAGACUGUUCGUUUUAAAAAUGAGCUGGAGCGCAACAUUACUAUCAAGCUUGGAUAUGCCAAUGCAAAAAUAUACAUGUGUGAAGAUGAGCGGUGCCCUCGACCUAUGAGCUACAAGGCAUAUGGAAGUGGAAAGGAAGACACUCCUCUCUGUGAUGUUCCUGGAUUUGAGAACUGCAGGAUGAAACUGUUGAGACACGUAUCUUUUGUAGAUUGCCCGGGUCACGAUAUUCUUAUGGCUACUAUGCUUAAUGGUGCCGCCAUUAUGGAUGGAGCCUUACUUCUCAUAGCUGCUAACGAAAGCUGUCCCCAACCACAAACUUCUGAGCAUCUGGCUGCUGUUGAAAUUAUGCGUCUGCAACAUAUUAUUAUCCUUCAAAAUAAAGUUGACCUGAUUCAGGAGAAUGUGGCCAUCAAUCAGCAUGAGGCAAUCCGGAAGUUUAUUCAGGGAACUGUAGCUGAUAAUGCACCAGUGGUCCCAAUUUCUGCUCAGUUGAAGUAUAAUAUUGAUGUUGUUUGCGAGUACAUCGUCAAAAAGAUCCCCAUUCCAGAAAGGAACUUUAUCUCACCUCCCAAUAUGAUUGUUAUCCGUUCUUUUGAUGUCAAUAAACCUGGGUUUGAGGUCGAUGAGAUAAGAGGUGGAGUGGCUGGUGGAAGCAUCCUCAGGGGUGUCUUGAAAGUGAACCAGUAUAUUGAGGUUCGUCCUGGGAUUGUUGUUAAGGACGAGAGUGGAAACAUAAAAUGCACGCCAAUAUAUUCUAGAAUAGUUUCAUUGUAUGCUGAGCAAAAUGAGUUGCAAUUUGCGGUUCCAGGAGGUCUCAUUGGCGUUGGAACGACCAUGGAUCCUACUUUGACACGUGCUGAUAGGCUAGUGGGUCAAGUUCUUGGUGAAGUUGGAUCUCUCCCUGAAGUAUUUGUUGAGCUUGAGGUGAACUUCUUCCUGUUGAGAAGGCUUCUAGGGGUCAGGACAAAGGGAUCGGAGAAGCAAGGAAAGGUCUCAAAGCUGGCCAAGGGUGAGAUCCUGAUGUUGAAUAUAGGAUCCAUGUCUACAGGGGCUAAGGUUAUUGCUGUAAGGAAUGAUUUGGCAAAGCUGCAACUCACCUCUCCAGUGUGCACCAGCAGAGGAGAGAAAAUUGCACUCAGUCGGCGAGUUGAGAAGCAUUGGCGUCUUAUUGGGUGGGGCACGAUUCAAGCUGGAACAACCCUUGAUGUCCCACCCUCCCCAAUUUGA